UGGUCAGGUGACUGGCGCUGAGCAGCUGUGCAGACUCAGUGUAGCUCUCCAUCAAACAACGGGAGGCACCGGCGCAGGACGCAUUACCACACCGACCCGGAGAGCUCGAAACUGGGCAAAAAACGGAGAUCUUUGGAGCCUACUGAACCAAAAAGACUACGAUGAGGGACCGAGUGGCUAUAGCACUUUUGGCCACGGUGGCUUUGGCUUUCGCUGCCGAGGUGCCCACAGAUGUCUCCAUGGGGCUGUUAGCAGAGCCUCAAGUGGCCAUGUUCUGUGGAAAACUCAACAUGCAUAUCAACGUCCAGACGGGAAAAUGGGAGAGCGACCCAUCAGGAACCAAGAGCUGUAUCGGGACUAAAGAGGGAAUACUGCACUACUGCCAGGAGGUGUACCCAGAGCUGCAGAUCACAAACGUGGUGGAGGCCAAUCAGCCUGUAUCCAUCCAGAACUGGUGUAAGAAAGGCCGCAAGCCGUGUCGGUCGCACCUGCACAUCGUGGUACCCUACCGCUGCUUAGUGGGGGAAUUUGUCAGUGACGCACUGUUGGUCCCAGACAAGUGCAAGUUCCUCCAUCAGGAAAGAAUGGACCAGUGUGAGAGCCACCUGCACUGGCACACAGUCGCCAAAGAGUCUUGCGGGGACAGAACCAUGAACCUCCACGACUACGGGAUGCUGCUCCCCUGUGGCAUCGACCGCUUCAGGGGUGUGGAGUUUGUGUGCUGUCCUGCCAAAGCAGAGGAGGAGGAUCAGAGCGUUGAACAGGAGGCAGAUGAUGGAGAUGUGUGGUGGGGAGGAGCAGAGACAGACUACUCAGACAACAGCAUGGUGCGUGAGCCUGAACCAGAGCCAGUGGAGACUCCACAGCCAAAAGAGGAGCCCAAACCUUCAGUGAUCGAAGAGGAAGAUGACGAACCGGAAGUGGUGACCGAGGAAGACAAUAUGGCUGCCGUGGAGGAGGAAAUGGACGAGGAUGUCGAGUUUGACCAGGACCAAGAUGGAGACGGCGAGAACGACCAGGAAGUAGAGGACGAAGAGGAGGAUGAGGAGGAUGACGAGGCCGAUGAAGAUUUUAUUGAAACGAUGGACGACGAUGAAAAAACUACAAACAUUGCCAUGACAACAACUACCACAACUACAACAGAGUCUGUGGAGGAAGUGGUGAGAGACGUGUGCUGGUCUGGUGCGGAGACCGGGCCGUGUCGUGCCAUGCUGCCACGCUGGUACUUCGACCGAUCGGAAGAAAAGUGUGUUCAGUUCAUCUACGGAGGCUGUGGAGGAAACAGGAAUAACUUUGAGUCCGAGGAAUACUGUCUCUCUGUGUGCGGCAGCGUCAUUCCCACAGCAACUCCCAGCUCUCCUGAUGCAGUCGAUCAUUAUUUAGAAACUCCAGCAGAUGAGAAUGAACAUGCGCACUUCCAAAAGGCCAAAGAGAGUCUGGAGGCCAAGCACCGUGAGAGGAUGUCCCAGGUGAUGAGGGAGUGGGAGGAGGCUGAAAGAGACGCCAAGAACUUGCCUCGUGCCGAUAAGAAAGCUGUGAUCCAGCGUUUCCAGGAGAAGGUAGAGGCUCUGGAGCAGGAGGCAGCGAGUGAGCGACAGCAGUUGGUGGAGACACAUAUGGCUCGGGUGGAGGCUCUGCUUAACGACCGGAGGAGACUGGCUCUGGAGAGUUAUCUGACCGCACUGCAGCAAAACCCACCCAGGCCUCGUCAUGUGUUCAGUCUGCUAAGGAAGUAUGUGCGCGCGGAGCAGAAGGAUCGACAGCACACUCUGAAACACUUCGAACAUGUGAGGAUGGUGGACCCCAAGAAGGCUGCCCAGAUAAGACCACAGGUCUUGACUCACCUGCGAGUGAUUGAGGAGCGGAUGAACCAGUCUCUGGGGCUGCUGUACAAAGUGCCCGGAGUGGCUGACGACAUCCAGGACCAAGUUGAGCUGUUGCAGCGUGAGCAGGCAGAGAUGGCUCUACAGUUGGCUAACCUUCAGACUGAUGUGAGGGUGAGCUAUGGGAAUGAUGCCCUCAUGCCCGACCAGGAGUUUGGGGACAGACAGAGCGAACUGCUUCCUGAAGAGGGCGCUGUGGGGGCCGGAUUCAUCCACCCUGAGAGCUUCAACCAGGCCAACACUGACAACCUGGUUGAACCAGUCGACUCUCGCCCAAACCUGGACAGAGGAGUGCCAACACGACCAGUGAAUGGAAUCAAAAUGGAUGCGAUGCCAGAGCUGCGCAUGGACACAGAGGACAGACAGAGCACGGAGUACGAGGUGCACCAUCAGAAACUGGUAUUUUUCGCUGAAGACGUGGGCCCAAACAAAGGUGCAAUAAUCGGUCUGAUGGUAGGGGGCGUAGUGAUCGCCACCGUCAUCGUCAUUACUCUGGUGAUGCUGAGGAAGAAACAGUACACAUCCAUACACCAUGGGGUCAUCGAGGUGGACGCUGCCGUGACCCCAGAAGAGCGCCACCUGUCGAAGAUGCAGCAGAAUGGCUAUGAGAAUCCCACCUAUAAGUUCUUUGAGCAAAUGCAAAACUAAAACUAAACAAAAUAUAAUAUCAAACAAGCACACAAGGCAUAUUUAAAAUCAUCUCCUCCUCCUCUGGUCCUAAAAACAGUCCUUAAGAUGGGUCCCACGUUUAAAGUAUGUUUUCAAUCAUUUAAUACUCUUGCAAAAUCCAGGUUUAGACCUGGUUUAGACCUGGUUUAAGCCAGGUUGAGUUCUGGUCUGGACAUGGUUUAUUUUAAAUUUUGACCUGAUUGAGUGUGGGUUUAGACCUGGUUUAGUCCGUAUUUGGACUUGGUUUAAGCCUGGUUGAACUCUGGUUGAAACCUGGUUUAGACCUGUUUUAUUCAUGGUUUAGACUUAGCUUAGUCCCGGUUUAGACCUGCUUUUAGACCUGGUUUAGACCUAGUUGAGCCUUGGUUGAAAGCUGGUUUAGACCUGGUUUAGACCUGGUUUAGACCUAGUUGAGCCUUGGUUGAAAGCUGGUUUAGACCUGGUUUAGACCUGGUUUAGACCUGGUUUAGACCUGGUUUAGACCUAGUUGAGUCUUCGUUUGGACCUGGUUUAGACCUGGUUUAGACCUGGUUUAUUCUAGUUUUAUGCCACUAUACACUGGAAAUCAAGAUUCUAUUAAAUAAUUACAAUUUGACAUUUUUAUUUUAAAAUACCAAUGCCAUGCUGAAUUUUUUUACUUGAAAUUGUAUUAAAAUUCUGAAAAAUCCAAUUCAAGUUUAGAAAUAUAUUCAAACUAAAAUUGCCAAUAAAAAUAAAAUAAAAUUGAAAAUGGUGGGAACCCUGUGUAGGCUAUGUAGCUUAUAGCAUCUCUCGCUAGAUAUUUUUCCACUGUUAUUUUUGUAUUUAAUUUUGCCUGGAUUUUGCACCAACUUUUAUUCACUUUAUAAUUUACAGAAAGCUGUUCUGGGUUGUCUAAGGCCUGCUGAAAAACGUGCAUUCUCCAAACUCAAUUCAGAGAUGAAGAUUCAUUACAUUUUUGGCUGUUGAUUCUCAAAAUUAAAAUCUGAAAUGUAGUUUGGAUUGUAGCAUGCAUUUAACUUGGGCUAGUUUAAUAAACAUGUUGUAAACUGGGAAGUGCUUAGAAUGUACAGCCAAUAAGAGGGCAAAAAGGAGCAUAAAGCCCGCCUCUAUGUGGGAUAAAGUCCUCUUAUUGAGCAAUUGGAUAAAUGGAUGGCUUCACUCUGUGUUGUGAAUUUCUUGUUGAGAUGGUUCUGAUCUUGGUUUAGACCUGGUUUAGUUCUAGUUUAGACAAGUAUAGACCUGAUUUAAAUACACUACAUACAGGUGUAGUUCUGGACCUGAUUUAGUCCUAAAUAAAUCCUCAUUUAGUCCUGGUUUAUAUUUGGUAGGGUUAGACCAGGUUUUGAACUUGUACAUCAAUCCACAGUUUAGAACUGGUUUAGACCUGGUUAAGUCCUGGUUUAGGCCUGGGUUCCACCUAGUUUAGAUCUUGAAUUGGUUCUGACAGUUUAGUCCUGGUUUAGACUUUGUUUAGUCCACAUUAAACCUAUACAAACAUGUUUUAAAACUAGCUCAAGUCUGUUCCACUACUUGCACUCUACAACACUGGAGACAUAGCAACCCUUAGCUUCCUUCCUACCUCCUCCUUCCUCCCUUUCUUCCUUCCUUCCUUCCUUCCUAGUUCCUAGCUUGUAUCCUAUCUCCUUUGUGUGUCCUUGCUCAUUCACAACAGCUGGACUGUCACGCGCGGUGCGCUUAAAGGGACAGUAAUAUUAUUUUGACAAUAGUGGUUUUGUUAAUAUUCCUUAUUAGAUAUAAGGCUUAGAUCUGGGUUAGUUCUGGUUUAGGUGUGGUUUAGUCCUGGAAGAGACCCGUUUUUGACCUGAUUUAGUCCUGGGGUACACCUGGGUUAGACCUGUUUCUUGACCUGGUUUAGUCGUUGUUUAGUCUAAAACAGGCUUGGUUUAGCCUUGUAGACUUUGAUUAGACCUGGGAUUGUCUGGGAUUAGAUCUAGAUUAGUUCUGGUUUAGUCCUCAUUUGGUCUGAGGUUAGACUUGGUUUAGUCCUGAUUUAGACCUUGUUUAUUUCACAAAUUCGCAAUAAUUGUAAUUUCAAAACCCAACAUACAUUAACUAUUAAUUGCGCUAGAGAAAAUUUACCAUUCCUAUCUUUUAACCCACUACUUUACAAAAUCCGUUACUGUCCCUUUAAGACUUCUGGAGAAAAAACGGUUGUAAGAACUCUUUAUUUCUUGGUCUUUUUCCGGUUUUGUUUUUCAAAAAAUAAUGAAAAAACAUUGAAAAAAAUAUGAUAAAACAUCGAAAACAAGUGAACUGAUGUAAAGUCCUUUUUUUAAAACUGCGUGUAUUGCUGAGUCUUAGCUAUCGUUCCUAUGUAGUGCAUGACGAUUAUUUCAAAUAUUUGGAGAAAAAAGAACUAAAAGCAAAGCUGCUCUUCUCGAAUAGAUUGUCAUUUUAGCAAGAUUGUAUAUUUAGUAAUUCUUCUUGUGACCUCGUGAAAAUGAUACGGAUUUAGACUGACGCCAGGUCUGCUUUGAGAACAUCAUGUACAUUGAAAAGAAGUUGUUUGUCGAAUUGUUAAUUUUUAUUUUUUUUUCCUUUUGAUGCUCAUCUGUAUGUACAAAACUGUCACGGAAAUGUUCAAAUCGUCCAAAAAAACUAUGUGUUUUUGUUGAGAUCCAAUCAUGUUUUUAUAAAGAGAUGAUGGUGAUGGGAGAAAGGCUGGUAUUUAAGAUGGUUUUGACAAGUUUGGGUCAUUUCAAAACAAAUGGAGAGCUAAAAUAAAGACCAAGUUACAACCUGGUUUAGUUCUUAUUAAGUCCUGGACUAGUUCAGGUUAAGACCUGGUUUAGACCCGAUUUAGAUCUGUUUUAGACCUGGUUUAGUCCAUGUUAAGACCUGGUUUAGUCCUAGGUUAGUCUGAGUUAAGACCAGGUUUAGUCCUGAUUUACACCUGGUUUAGACCUGGUUUAGUCCUGGUAAGUUAGUCCAAGAUAAAAACCUGGUUUAGACUUGGUUUACUCAGGAUGAGGCCUGGUCCUGGGCUAGCCCAAGAUAAGACCUAAUUUAGUCCUGGGUUUAGUUCUGAUAAGUUGGUCCAAAUUAAGAUCUGGUUUAGUCCUAGUUAAGUUAGUCCAGGAAAAGACCUGGUUUAGUCCUGGGUUAGUCCAAGUCCAUUUUAGCCCUUACUUCUCCACUUGCUUUGAAACAACCACACUGAACACUAAUGCUGGUGACGCUUGUACAUGGCUGCAGUGCGGUGGGGUUUUUACACUCGAUGGCCAGCGGGAGACACUCUAAUCACAGAGAGAAGCAAAUUGUGUUGAGUUUGGUUUCUGUGGGUUAAAUACAAGUCUCACUGUGUUCAUAUCGUGCAGGCUGUUUGCAUUGACUGGGCUUUUACACUGUCCUCCAUAUUAAAGUUUUGAAUGUACAUACUA